AUGGGUGAUAUGCAAAAGAUGAUGGUAGACCAGCAAAAGUUGAUAGUGGAUAACCAGAACCGUGACUUGGCGGUGCAAAACUUAGAGAGACAAAUGGGUCAGAUAGCUGGUGCUCAGAACAUUAGACCACCAGGGGGACUUCCUAGUGACACUAAUCCAAAUCCGAAACCAUGUACAACAUUGUCUCUCAGAAACGGGCGGCAACUGGAGGAAUUGGUGCCGAAGAAAGUGAUUCUGGUAGAAGCAGCUACUGAAGACGAGGUUAUUGAGAUAAAGAGAGUGGCGAAGACAUCGAUGGUAAAGCAGCCACAACCAGUGGUUGCCAAACCACUACCUCCGUUCCCUCAGAGGUUGGAAAAACAAAAGGAAGAGGCCACAUACAAAAACUUUUUUGAUUUACUGAAGCAGGUACAUGUGAAUGUUCAUUUAGUUGACAUGCUGCAAGGGAUCCAGAAAUAUGCCAAGUACAUCAAGGACAUCGUGGCAAACAAGAGUCGUUUCACAGAGUAUGCUACAGUUGCACUUACUGAGGAGUGCACUUCCCGUAUUCAAAACAAAUUGCCUACAAAGUUGAAGGAUCCAGGCAGUUUCACUAUCGAAAUCACGAUUAGAAAGCAAGUCAUUGCGCAUGCACUAUGUGAUCUAAGGGCUAGUAUCAAUUUGAUGCCGUCUUCUAUGUUCAGAAAACUAGGGUUGGGAAACCCGAGGCCUACUACUAUUGUUCUGCAGCUGGCAGAUAGAUCUUUAGCCAGGCCCGAGGGUAUUAUUAAAGAUGUACUUGUACAAGUUGGGUCUCUUAUAUUUUCGGCAGAUUUUGUCAUCUUGGAUUUCGAGCUAGAUCCGGAAGUCCCAUUUAUUUUGGGGCGUCCAUUUUUUGCCACAGGAAGAGCAUUGAUCGAUGUAGCAGCAAGGCAGCUAACUAUGAGGGUACACGAUAAAGUUGAAGUAUUUAAUGUGUACAAAGCCCUCAAGUUGCCCGAAAUCUAUGAGGAGCUUUCUGCUCACUGUGAUGAAUGA